UUCUCUUGUCAUGCAGGCUUCGCCAGCUGUGUGCUGCUGCUGACCUUGAGCUGCCGCACAUCUACAGGACUCCCGGUGCGCAGGCUGAGCACAGAAAAUUGCGGAGACUGUCCACUUCUCUUCAAGAACCUGCUGGUGAAAAUCACAGAGCUUCUCAGCAGUGAUGUUUUUUGUUAUGGCAUGGACGCUGAUAGGAUGAUGGUUAGUCAAGCUGAGACAGUACUGGCCUGCGCACCCACUCUGACUCAGAACUCAAGCUGCUUGAUGCAAAGAAAUUCAUCUUUCAGUGAGAGUGAAUGUCUGAGGAACAUCAGGAAGGACUUGGCCUACUACGCUGCUGCUCUUCAGUCCUACAUCGAAUUCCCACUCAGAACUCUCGAGCAAGAAGUUGCACUUCUGAGUCCAACUCUGGAAAUAAUACAGAGCCUGGGGAAGAGCUGCUCCCUGAUGCUGAAUGAGGAGAAUGGCUCUUCAGAGGAGGUUGCUGCCCAGAUGUGGGGAGAUGACACCUUCAGUAACAGGCAGAAGAUGUGUAAGAUGAUGAGGGGCUUCCAUGUCCGAACCAUCACCAUCAACCGAGCUAUGGGUUACAUCGCCUCAGGAGACCACAGAAAGUAAACGUCCUGCAACCUCAUCACCAUCAUCACCAUCAUUCCAACCCCAAUAUCUCUACUACUACUUUAAUACUUUAAUUUAUCACAACUGAACAAGCCAGAACACUAU